GAAAUCGAAAGCUGUGAACACUGCUGGGCGGAGCCCUAUUUCAUCACGAGUCUCCCCAAGAAGACUGCACACUGUAAGGCAUGCAGCCCCGCUCGAGCUACGAACUUACUUUAACAAGUUCUCUUGCCCCCCUCCCCGUUAUUUUCUAAAUACUACAUUUUCUCAGCAUUUAAUGAGAUCACAAACUCAUUCCUGUGUACUUUUUUGAGUCCUUUCUCCUACUCAAAACAGAGACGCCCCAUUUCCUGCCUUGCUGAAAAUUUAUAAUCUGCACAUUGCUGAGAAAUUUCCAGGGAGGCUCAUCUAUAAUUUUAGAGAUAAUGAAUGAAUACAAGAAUAUUGUUCUUCAAAAAGGUUUAGAGCGUGUGGACAAUUAUCAGUUUAGGAAAAUCAAGUCCUUACUAAGAAAAGAAUUAAAGCUUACUAAACAAAUGCAAGAUGAUUUUGACAGAAUUAACCUGGCUGACUGGAUGGAGGACAAGUUCCCCAAAGAAGCUGGACUAGACAAACUGAUAAAAGCAUGUGAGCUCAUAGAAGAGCUUGAAGACCUUACUAAAGAACUUAAAACAGAGAAGGCCAAAGUUCAAAAGAAAAAGAAAGGAAAAUGCAAAACGACCUUGAAAAAUAAAAAGCAAGAUGAACUCAGUAUGUCUGAAUCUCUUAUCUGCAAUGAGUCAAACAAGAAUAAGCCCUCUUCAAAGAAAAAGAGAAAACAAACCACAAAAACUGAAGGUGGCAAGAGAAAGAAGCUCACCAAGGAGCAGGCUCAGCUUCCAGAAACUUCAGGGACCAAUAUACAAAGAGAUGAAGAUUGGGUCCAGACUCCUCAUAAGCCUCCACCAACACCACCCAGUAAUUCCUCAAACAAGAAAAAGAGAAAACAAACCACAAAAACUGAAGGUGGCAAGAGAAAGAAGCUCACCAAGGAGCAGGCUCAGCUUCCAGAAACUUCAGGGACCAAUAUACAAAGAGAUGAAGAUUGGGUCCAGACUCCUCAUAAGCCUCCAUCAACACCACCCAGUAAUUCCUCAAACAAGAAACAGAAAAACACAACCAUCCAAAGACAUAGCAUCAUGAAGACAAAGGGUCCUCAGGGAAAGCAGCAACUUGUGGAGUCUUCAUCAACCAGCAGCUUCCCAGCUGUAAGUGAACUCCUGACUUUUGAAGAACUUUCAGCAACGGCUUCCAGCAGCCCUCAGUCACCUCAGAAGCCCCAAGAAGCACACAUGGACUUAAAGAUGUCUCCAGGCUCUCCAACAUCACCUUUCCAGAAAUUCCGAGUACCUAGAGCCUCAGAUUCCUGCAUUCAUCCGAAUGCUAAUGUGCCCUCUACACUGCUCAGUGAUGCCAAGAUUCUACAUGUACCAUCAGCAGCAGCAUUCAGUAAUGUCAGGGCCCCUCUUAAGCCUUCGGAAAUGGUGGUCCAUUCUUCCAGUGCCCCUCAGACAUCUCUAGUAACAAUGCCCAGAAGUACCCAGGACCUUCACUUUCCUACACCAGCAGCAUUCAAUAGCCCAGAGGCUCUUCACAGUCAAGCAAUAGCAUCCAGAAAUGUCCAAACUACUAGAGUACCUUCAGCAACACUCACAAGAAAAGCCCAGCUUAGAAAGAUGCCUCCUCCAUCAACAGCAACAAGCAAUGCCCAGGAUCCUCAUACUCUAGCAACUAUGUCCAGAAGCACCUCUGUCUCACAGGUACCUCAAACAACAACAUCCCGUAGCAUUCCAACUCUUAGCUCUGCUACAGUAAAAGCAUCCAAGGAGGUCCAGGGUCCUCAAAUAUCUUUAUCAACAGUACCCAAAUAUUUCCAGGCUUCUCUGGCACCUCCAACAGCAACACUCAGCAGUCUUACAGCUCCUCAGGUACCUAUGUCAAUAUCCACAAGCAGAGCCCAGACUACUCAAAUUCAUCCAGGGACAGGAUCCAUUUGUGUCCAGACUCUUCAUGCUCCUCCAUCAACAGAGUCCAGAAGUGUGUGCACCACUCCAUUGAUGCAAGGAGAAGCAUCCGGUACUGGGAAGGCCCUUCCCCUUCCUAAAGGAAAAGCAUCCAGGAAAGUCCAAGCACCUCGGAUGUCAUCAACAACACCAUCCAGCAGUCUCCUGGAUCCACAUGCAACUUCAUCAACAAUAUCCAGCAGUUUCCUGCCUUCACACACAACUUUAUCAACAGCAUCCAGCCAUCUCCUGGAUCCACAUGCAACUUCAACAAUAACAUCCAGCAGUCUCUUGCCUUCACACACAGCUUUACCAACAGCAUCUAGCAGUCUCCUGCCUUCACAGAUAACUUCAACAAUAAAAUCCAGCAGUCUCCUGCCUUCACAGACAACUUCAUCAAUAACAUCCAGCAGUCUCCUGGAUCCACAUGCAACUUCAUCAACAGCAUCCAGCAGUCUCCUGGCUUCACAUGGAACUCUACCAACAGCAUCCAGCAGUCUUCUGGUUCUACAGUUGUCUCCAGCAACAGCAUCUAGAGCUCCCAGUGCUACUCCAGGGCCUUCAGCAACAAUAAACAGCAGUCCAUCCAGGACACCAAGGAGAGGAAUUGUACCAAAGGAGCCUGCUAGGGAAGAAGGUCACCAACAAGGUCCCAAACAAGUGAUGGUGUUGAAAGUAACAGAACCAUUUACAUAUGACAUGAGAGAAGAUAAAAGGAUGUUUCAUGCUACAGUGGCUACUGAGACUGAGUUCUUCAGAGUGAAGGUUUUUGACACAACUCUAAUCAGCAAGUUCAUCCCUAGAAAGAUCAUUUUCAUAUCAGAUUAUUUUGGGUGCAAUGGGUUUCUGGAGAUAUACAGCGCUUCCUGUGUGUCUGAUGUGAACGUUAACCCGACAAUGGUUGUCUCAAAUACACUGAGGCAAAGAGCCAAUGCAACUCCGAAAAUUUCUCAUCUUUUCUCACAAGCAAAGGGAACAUUUGUGAAUGGAGAGUUUGUAGUAGUUAAGAAAACUGAGAGGAAUGAACUCAUUUACUAUGGAAUUGAAGAUGAUACAGGGAAAAUGGAAGUGGUGGUUUAUGGACGACUCACAAAUAUCAAGUGUGAACCAGGCAAUAAACUUAGACUUGUCUGCUUUGAAUUGACGUCCACUGAAGAUGGUUGGCAGCUGAAGUCUGUAAGGCACAGUUACAUGAAGGUCAUCAUUGCUAGAAAGUAAAGGAAAGCCACUCAACCCAGACUCAUUCAGGAGAACCCCUCUGGAACCAUACUUCUGAAAACCUGGAUGCCAAUGAUUCUGUUUGUGGAGAUAAGAUUCAAGUACAGAAAAUAAAUGUGCAUAGGACAGUUGAAAGACCAGCCCUAUAUAAUCCAGCUCUUGAUUCUAGGAAUGGUGCUUUCUGAUAUUCUGUAUUCAUUUUCUAUUUUCUAAACUUCAUAUGUUGGCUCUGUGACUCUAAAAUUGUUGAUUUGUUAUUCUUAUACCUGAAACUUAAAAUAAAAAAACAAUCCACACAAUUUCUACAAA